AUGCAUAGAGUUCGGGCACCUUUCAAAAUCACAGCCAGACACAAUUCGAGUCUAGUGGACUUCUACAAAUUAUUUCCAAAAACAUUCCCGAAAGGGUCGCCACCCAAUUCUCCUUUUUCAGUGGACCUGAAGCAGCUUCGGAAUGAAUUCCGCUUACUCCAAAGCACCAACCAUCCGGACCUCAAUCGGAUUAAGGAUGAGACUGCAGGCGAUCUUUCAUCGCUUCUGAAUAAUGCAUACACAGUGUUGUCGAGCCCCUUGAAACGGUCGCAGUAUUUACUGAAGAAAAACGCCAACAUUGACCUAAACAACGAUGCGGUGAACAAAAAGUUUCAGUUCCAGGAUCAGUCCGUUUUGAUGGAAAUAUUGAACGUCCAUGAGGAUCUGGAAGAUAUACAAAGUGAGCAGGAGCUAGCAAAGUUGGAACAGGAGAAUGACGAGAGAAUUGAGAAAAGCAUUGCAAAACUGGAGGAGCUCUACAAAACAGAGGAUUAUGAGGCGAUCGCCCUUGAAACGGUGAAGCUGAAAUUUUGGGAAAAUAUCAAAAACGCAUUAAAAGAGUGGGAGGCGGGCAAGCCGGUGAAUUUGACUCACUAA